CACGAGUGCCCCCUGCCGGGCCCAUCGCCUCGUCUAACCUCCUCAAGUAGCAGCACCCGAGCAGCUAAUUAAUCAACGGCCAAUGGACUACUCGGUGCGCGGGGCGUGGUGGUCAGGGGAGACGGUGGCCGUGGUGACCGGCGCGAACCGGGGCAUCGGGCACGCGCUCGCCGCGCGCCUCGCGGAGCACGGCCUCACCGUGGUGCUCACCGCGCGGGACGGCGCGCGCGGGGAGGCCGCCGCUACGCCGCUCCGCGCGCGGGGGCUCGCCGUCGUCGUCCGCCACCUCGACGUCUCCGACGCCGCCUCCGUCGCGGACUUCGCCGCCUGGCUCCGCGACGACGUCGGCGGCCUCGACAUCCUGGUGAACAAUGCUGCCGUGUCGUUCAACGAGAUCGACACCAACUCGGUGGAGCACGCCGAGACGGUGCUCAGGACAAACUUCUACGGGGCCAAGAUGCUGACCGAAGCGCUGCUGCCGCUGUUCCGGCAAUCGCCGGCCACCAGCCGGAUCCUGAACAUCAGCUCACAGCUUGGCCUUCUCAACAAGGUGAGCAACCCGUCCCUGAAGGCUCUGCUCCAGGACGAGGACCGCCUGACGGAGGCGGCGAUCGAAAGCAUGGUGGCGCGGUUCCUGGCGCAGGUGAAGGACGGGACAUGGGCGGAGCCGGGGCAGGGUUGGCCCAAGGUGUGGACGGACUACUCCGUGUCCAAGCUGGCCCUGAACGCCUACUCCCGGCUGCUGGCGCGGCGGCUGCAGGCGCACGGGGAGCGCGUGAGCGUCAACUGCUUCUGCCCCGGGUUCACGCGCACGGACAUGACCAAGGGGUGGGGCAAGCGCACCGCCGAGGAGGUGGCCGACGUCGGCGCGCGGCUCGCGCUGCUCCCGCCGGGCGAGCUCCCGACCGGCACCUUCUUCAAGUGGUGCACGCCGCAGCUCUACUCCAAGCUGUGAUGAUUGGCCACGUACGCCGGCCGUGCGCCCGCAACGGAGUUGGUAUAUAUUUCGGUUCGGUUUUGCUCUCGAUCACGUAUGUGCAGAAGGCAGGUGUGUCGAUCUGCCAACAAGAUGCUUCGGUUAAACAGAGCAUCCAACCAUCUCGUCUCCUACUAUCAGUAAUGUACUAUGUGUACUA